AUGUCGGCUUAUCAGCAGGAACAUGGCUGGACGGCCGUACCGCGAUCACUUGACAAGCUCGUCGCAAACCGAAAGCAUAAGGAGCCAUCUCGACCCAUCCGAGUAGACGACAUUCCGUUACCAAGCAGUCCGCUAGUGGAUCAAGUGGUCAGCUAUGCCAGAAAGAACCUCUCCCGACAGACCUACAAUCACAGCAUGCGAGUAUUCUACUACGGCCAGGCGAUCGUGACGCAGCACUUUCCAGAAUGGAAGUUCAGCCCAGAGACAUAUUUGUUGGCUUGUCUGCUUCACGAUAUUGGCACGACGGACAACAACAUCACCAGUACGAACCUUUCGUUCGAAUUCUAUGGUGGCACUAUUUCACUGGAUCUUUUGAAGUCUCUGCACGCCGACGUCUCGCAAGCAGAAGCUGUGUGCGAGACUAUCAUCCGCCACCAGGAUCUGGGAGAUACUGGUAACAUCACCACGCUCACGGCUGUCACCCACUUUGCCACUGUGUUGGAUAAUGCCGGCUUGAACGGAGAGCUCGUACACGAAGACACUAUCAAGAGCGUUGUAGCUGAGUAUCCUCGUGAGAAGUGGACAGGUUGUUUCGCUGGCGUGGUCAGGAAGGAGUGCGAGCUCAAACCAUGGGCCAACACCACGAGAAUCGACGCCUUUGCCGAGAUGGUCGAGGCCAACAAGCUGAUGGAGAAAUAUGAUUGA